AUGGAUGCUGAUGUCGAUCGCAUCGACACCGAUGACGAUGAUGACGACGAUGAUGGUAUAUUCAGUAUCGCCAACAACUGCCGCAGUGAGGACGAUGACGCCCUCGCUACUGAAGAGAACGUACUUUCAGCAGUGCACACGAAGCGCACUGCUAUUGGCAAGGAUGAAUCAGCAAAGGAAUUUCUGCUGACUCGCGAAGCGGUCGUCCGCUUCAUUCAAGACUUAUUGCAGAUGCAAUUGAUAGACAUAAAACAAAUGCGGACAAAAAUGGAAGAGCAAAUGUUCUUUUAUUCAACGAAGAAUAAUUAG